AUGUCCCGCUCACCGCCACACCGCCGCAGCGGCGGAGAGCCGCUCCGGGUCCCGGAGAACGGCGUGGACCAGCCGGAGGACGAGGAGGAGGACCUGGACGACGAGCUGGACGCGUCCCGGCUGGAGAGCUUCAUGAGGGACCGGAGGAGAGCCCGGUCCCUGCCCGCCUACCCGGCGGCGCUGCUGGCCCGGGUGUCCGGCGGCGAGAAGCGGGUGAAGUUCGCCGACACCAUGGGCCUGAAUCUGGCCAGCGUCAAGCACUUCAGCGCGCUGGAGGAGCCGCAGAUCCCCACCAAGGUUCUGUCCCGCCACCGGAGCUUCCCGCCGCAGCAGCACGACCUGCUGCAGGACCUGCGCCACGGCUUCAGGUCCGAUCUGGACACCGACCGGCUGGUCGCCUGUUUCCCGGAGCUCCGGGACGCGGAGCGGCGCGUCCAGCAGCUGGGGGUCUGUCUGGAGCGGGUCGCCAUCACGCAGUUUGAUGUGCGCGGGCAGAUCCGGGUCUUGGACGGCCGAGAGGACAAGGAGGUCGGAGUCAGAUACACCUUCAACGACUGGCUGUCCCACGUGGACGCGCAGGCUGUGCCGGCGGCCGCGGAGCAGCCGGACCUGCUGGGGGAACGCUUCGUGUUCACCGUGUACACGCCGCCCUUCAUGGAGCCCAGCUCCACCGUGCACCUCGCCGUUUACCUGAAGAGCAAGGACGGCGAGUUCUGGGACAACAACGGGGGGCAGAACUACAGCUUCCGGCAGCAGCUGCUGGGUUCCAACGCUGAUCUUCAUCCUGGAAGCUUCACAGCUGAUUCUGGACUCACGUCACGCCGUCUCAGGUCCAGCAGCUUCAUGUGCACCGAAAGUUCAGAACAAUGUCCGUUUGAAGGCGACGGACGUGAGCGUCUGAUUGUGAACUCUGCUGAAACCGUGAAGCUGCUGCAGAUGUUUUGGUCCAGAACCAGCCACACAGCUGGACGGAUCCGAUUCUCUCUGAUCUGUUCUUUCAGUCAGUCGAUGUUUUCUUUGAGCUCAAGUUCAAUCAGAGGACAGAGUUUCUGAGCUGCUGGAGGCGCCGCAUGAAAGAUCAGCUUCAGCUUCAUGAGACGUUCAAAUCCUUCGUGUCCGGCAGACGGACGACGUUCUGCAGGAUCAAAGCUCCAGAGGCUUCGUGGUGCAUGUUUCUGUCUCCUCACUGCUGAUUUACUAAUAAAAGAAACGAAAAGUACAAAAACAUAAAAAAACAAACAAAGGAGUAAUUUUGCUGAACCUGUUCACGUCUGCAGUUCUUGUGUUUAGUGAUUUUGAAACAAAUAAAAAUGAAGCUAAAACCAAAA